AUGGCAGACAGGGGAUCUCACCGCGGCGGAGGCGGCCGCGGAGGGGGUAACUUCCGCGGGCGCGGCGGAGGAGGAGGAGGACGCGGCGGCGGUGGAGGGCGCGGAGGCCACGGGGGUGGCCACCACCAGGGCGGCAACCAGCACGGCGGCGAGGGCGGCGGGGAGUCGCGACCCAAGAAGGAGAACAUCCUCGACCUGUCAAAGUACAAUGACAAGCAGAUCACCGUGAAGUUCAACGGCGGCCGUGAGGUCACCGGCGUCCUCAAGGGCUACGACCCUCUCAUGAACCUAGUCCUCGACGAGGCCAAGGAGACGAUGCGCGACGACGAGGGCAAGGAGACCACGCGGGCCCUGGGCCUGACCGUCGCCCGCGGCACCCUGAUCGUGCUGAUCAGCCCCGUCGACGGCAGCGAGGAGAUAGCGAAUCCUUUUGCGCAGGCCGACGACGACUGA